AUGACCAACGCUCCGACCAUCCAGAAAACCCGAGCGCGUAAAGCUCGUCGUGCAUCAAUCAGCAAAACAGGACAUGAGAACCUGAAAAGACCUGCCGACACAAUAAUCAAAAUUUUGAAUAAAUUUGAGAAUGAUAACUCCAUUACUGAGACGGAGCUGGAACUUCUUCAAUCGUUGGGAAACCUGUGUGUCGAGACCACAUUCAUUGCGUCACGGGGGAAGAUAUGUAUGAGAUACAUUGAUUAUGACUUACUUAAACGUGAGUUUCAAAAUCAAAUGGAGCCCACGAUUGCUGAGGAUUCUACCAAUGGUGGAGAGGAUACAACACUUAACCAACCAGAGCCUCCUAACGGGGAUGAACCAACUGACGGUGUGACAGACGGCGACAACGACAAUGACGAGGAGGGUGGCAAUGGCUCUGAGAGUUCUUAUCAUCCGAUGAAUGACGACGAGGAUGACGAAGGGUCUGACGAUACCUCUGAGGAUGAAAAUGCUCCUCAGAAAGACCAUUUUUUUUCGAUAACAAAGUUGACGAAGCCUUUGUUAAAAAGCAAAAAGUACAUAUCCUUUGGAAAAAGGUGUACAAUCAGUUUUGAGGAUUUGUGUACGAAGGCGCCAAAUAGGAACAGAAAAGUUUUUGCUUCUUUCCAAAAGCACGGAACAUCGGGUGAAGACCAUAGUAAGGCUCUUAGGAUGAUUAACAUUUUGAUGUCGAAAUCGAAGAAAGAACAACAAGCUCAUAGGUUGACCGACCGAGAAAAGAAAUACAUCAAAAUGUUCGAGAUAAACCCGAUAAUUCCAUUGGUUCUGUACAAGUCACCAAGACUGAUUGAGGAGUCAAGUGUAAGCGACAGAGCCCUUCUUAAGCAGUGGUUCGAUGCCAAUCAGCAAGACAUUCCUGCAACAGCAUUGAAAGAUGUUUUUUGUGAUUUUCUGGAUGCCAUGAAGGCUGGAGAUUGGAAAAAGACGGAAGUGUACUUUCAUAAGAUGGGAAAACCUAAAAAGAGGUCUGAGUAG